AUGGCUGAACAAGAGCUUUCAAUACUCACCCUCAAUUGCUGGGGCUUAAAGUUUGUUUCCAAAAAUCGCAGAGAUAGAGUUGUGGCCAUCGCGAAUGAACUUUCGCGUACAGAGGAAUACGAUAUUGUGACUCUCCAAGAAUUAUGGGUGUAUUCCGAUUUUGAAUACGUCCGAGAGAGUGUAGCCAGUUAUCUUCCAUAUGCCAAAUUCUUUUAUAGCGGUGCACUCGGAGCAGGAUUGGCAAUCUUUUCAAGGUUUCCUAUCAUCGCUACCGAAAUUCAACCUUACUCCCUCAAUGGCGCGCCAAUUGACGUUGCUGGUGGCGACUGGUUCGUGGGCAAGGCCGCAGCAAGUGUUAUAAUUAUUCACCCUGAGUUAGGGGAGGUGCAGAUUUUCAACACUCAUCUCUAUGCCAAAGGAGGUGAAGAUGGGCCUGAACACAAUCGCGCACAUCGGUUGGUAAAUGCAUGGGAGUUCGCGAAACUUGCAAGACGAGCUGCUGAACUUGGACGUUAUGUGAUUGCAGCGGGAGACUUCAACAGUAUACCUACCACGCUACCCAUGACAGUCAUCCGAGAACACGCUGGGCUCGUAGACUCUUGGCUCGUGACUCAUCCUUUUUCAAACACUCCAUCGGACGUCACCCCUUCUCCCCAAGAGGCCAUAGACGAUUUUGGAGUCACCGCCGACUCUCCAAUAAAUACUUACUCCGCUGGUAAAGGAUUGGACGCCACUGCUCGUAAAUUCUGCGGAAAGCGCCUGGAUUACAUUUUCUACCGACAACCCCAUUCUUCUAAUCCUGGGAUAUUACCUGUGCUUCAUUGCAAAGAGUCGAGAGUGGUCUUCACACAUGAAGUACCUGGUACCACAUUCUCCUUCUCCGACCAUUUCGGUUUGAAGUCUGUCCUACAAAUCCAGACUCCGGGUGCUCUACCCUCUGCGAAUGAUAUCACCUUUCCUUCGGACAGUCAGACUGCUGCUUGGUCAACGCAGUCUUCGGAACCUUCAGAGAUUUCCAACGCCUGCAUUACAACAAUGGUUCAAGCUCUUACGAGCUGUUAUCGUUUCUCAAAAACUCGAGCUCAGAAAGAGUUAGCAUUAUUCGUGCUUUGCGUGAUGCUCCUAAUUACCACUGCAGUUGCAUCUACAUGGUUUCCAUACCCUUGGCUCAAUCCUAUUUUUAUCGUUUUUACUGUAUUCUUGUCGUGGCUUGGUACGACGAUGUUGUAUGAGGGAUUUGUUUAUGGACAAUGGGAGUGCAAUGCCCUUAUGAACAUGGUAGAAGAACUGGAGGUAUUUAAACAGGGACUAGAGUUACAUUCGGGCAGGCGUAGGUAA